ACUAUGAAGUAUCUUUUAAAAGCCACAUAAAAAGACAUUCAGCUCAAAAUCAGAUGCUGCCUAAUGCCCCAAACCAGGAUCACAGGGUACCUCAUUAAAAUACAUGGACCUCCUAUAAACCUGUUCAUUAGAGUAUGGAAUUCAGUAAGAAUCAGUUGGAUCUUGGAUCCCAUCCAGUGCAUUAUAGUUUUUGAAGGCUCAACAAGAUUUCAGUUUAAGGUGGUUCCAUUUUUAAAGUUUGAAAAAUGGGUGCCUGGGUGGCUCAGUUGGUUGAGCGAUGGCCUUCGGCUCAGGUCAUGAUCCUGGAGUCCCGGGAUCGAGUCCCGCAUCGGGCUUCCCACUCAGCGGGAAGUCUGUUUCUCCCUCUGAUCCUACCCCCCUCAUGCUCUCUCUUUCUCAUUCUCUCUCAAAUAAGUAAGUAAAAUCUUUUUUAAAAAAGUUUGAGCAAGGUUUCAGAAUAAGUUUUCUUCAUUUCUUAAGUUUUUCAGGGGGGGUAUAAGUUAUAUGGACUCAUAAGAAUUUCAAAUAUAUAGAACUGUAUAAAGAAAAGAAGGCGAUCCUACACCUACAUAUAAGCACUAUUGAUAUUUUGAUGAAAAUCCUUCCAGACAUCUUUCCACAUGUGUGAACAGUACAUGUAUAUGUUUUUGUCACUCUCAUGAAAAGGGGUUAUAGUGAUGCUCUUAGGGUGAGGGGAAGACUCAUUUUUUUUUUUUUUAAGAUUUUAUUUAUUUGACAGAGAGAGCACAAGCAGAGGGAGAGAGAGGGAGAAGCAGGUUUUCUGCUGAGCAAGGAGCCUGAUGUGGGACUCGAUCCCAGGACCCUGGGAUCAUGACCUGGGCCAAAGGCAGCCGCUUACCUGACUGAGCCACCCAGGCGUCCCAACUGUAUCAUUUUCAAUAAGAGUGAUCAGUACAUAGAAGAAAGGAAAUUAACUUCAACAUCUAAGCACCUAAAACAGUGCAAACAUCAGUGUUUCAUUAAACAUUUUGAGAAUAAUCUUCAACUAUCAGGAAAAAUGAAAUAAUUCUGAAAUAUAUUAUGGGUUCUGAGUCAAACUGAAUGCCAUGUAGGGGUGUAGAGUCUUUACUAAUCCAACCAGGUAUCCAGGUGAGAGUACUGUGGUAACUGGAGAGGUCUAAUUAUAGGACUAAAACAGAACACUGUUAACUUUCCACCUCUCCCAAAUCUCAGGUAAAUUACAAACAGAUGUCUAUUCACAGUUCUUCAGCCAUUAUGGAUGGCCAGUUAGAUUGGCCUAUGGACGUCAUUGACAUCAAUUCAAGUGAAACUGCUGCUCUUUUUCAUAAGGCCAUGAAAUAGGCUGUGUAUGUGUGUCUGUCUUAAUAUAUGUGCAGUCAUCAGUUCAGUGAUGCUACUGUGUGACUGAGUGAACUUCUGAGUAGAUCAUGAAGGGUCCUUUUACGCUACUAUAGUAUUCACGAGUAGUCAUUUAGAAUGCCUUUAAUUUCCUCUGAUUGGUAGCCCAAUACUUGGUAUACUGCCUUAAAUGUUCACAAAGCAAGUCUCUGCCAUUGGCCAUGACUGGAAACUUAGGAAUUUCUGCUGAAGUUCUUGUGAUCUAAUCCUCUCUUGAAAGCACAGAACUAAAGCAUGUAUUGAAAUGCCUGAGUCAGCCGUUCCAGGGAUAUACUGGCUGCACUCUUGCUUAUUUUUCUGGGAUGAAAAAAUCUCCUUGGUGACCUGAGGCAGCUAGCUUUUACCUUCUCCACCUAGAAAUGCAUGUAUUAUAACUGCAUAGAAAACACACAUACACAUAUACAAACACACAUAAACUAUAUCUAAAUUCUGACAUUAGCAUUAUUAUAUUUUCUAGGAUUUUAAAAAAUAUUUUAUAUUUUCUAGGAUUAUGCUUAAUUUCAGCAGAUCUUGUUUAAUAACUUAUAAGAAAAUAAUUUCACCUCGUUUCUACUAAUUGCUAUUAAAAUUUUUUAACUUUUCUAACUGUUUAGUUUAGGGAAGGAAAAGAAAGACAUGUUGGACACCUGGCAUGCGUCGUGACAUUGGGUGUAGAGAUUAUUGAAACUUUUACUUUUACUUGUUUAGUGUUACUUCUAUUUUAUAGAUGAGGACCUCACAACAGUCAAGUAACUCUGAGGUAGAAAACACAGUUGGUAUUUGAACCAGGUACAUCUGAGGCAAAAGGUCUAUAACCUCAUCAUGCUAUAGAAUGAGCUGCAGAAUGCUGGGCUUAUAAAAAACUAUAUCAAUAUUAUUAAGUAAAAAAAGCAAGGUUCAGAGCAAUAAGCAUUAUAUACUACCAUUAUGUGAAGUGUAUGUAUGAAUACAUAUGUACAUGUGUGUGUUUAUUUUUACAUAUGCUUAGCAUAUCUAGCAUAUGUCUGGAAGACCAUAUAAUGGUUGCCUCCAGGGAUGGGAAUUGGGCUGCUAGAAAUCUAGAUGUUUUGGGGCACCUGGGUGGCUCAGUCGGUUAAGUGUCUGCCUUUGGCUCAGGUCAUGAUCCCAGGGUCCUGGGAUCUAGCCCCGCGUAGGGCUCCCUGCUCCGCGGGAAGCCUUCUCCCUCUCCCACUCCCCCUGCUUGUGUUCCCUCUCUCUGUCAAAUAAAUAAAUAAAAUCUUAAAAAAAAAAAAAAAAAGAGGGCCCAUUUGCCCUCAGGCCUAAGUCUCAACGUCUGGAACAAAGUAGCUCUUGUGUGACAGGGAAGAGAGGAGCCCUGGGGACAGGAGUCCCACCUGGAAGAAGAGCUCAUCUAACAGGAACCACCCUCACCACAGCUUCAGAACAUGCAGAAGAACCCAGAAAGGAGUGGGUCCUAAUUUGCUCCACCAGAAGCAGUUCUUAUUUACCUUGUCCAGAAAGAGCCAGACUUCGUGAUGUCACCACAUCCAGAAGCUAUCACAGACUGUGUGACAGUGGAAACUGGACCAGCUUGCAGAAGCUUAUCUGUCACAGUUCUCUGUAGUCUCCCAACAACAGCAGAAAAUGAACACAUCUCAGGCAUCAGUGUCAUUCAAGGACGUGACUGUGGAAUUCACCCAAAAGGAGUGGCAGCAAAUGGGUCCUAUUCAGAGGACCCUGUAUAGAGAUGUGAUGCUGGAGAACUACAACAACCUAGUCUCAGUGGGGAACUGCAUUUUCAAACCAGCAGUAAUCUUCAAGUUGGAGCAAGGAGAGGAGCCUUGGUGCUUAGAGGAAGAAUUCUCAAACCAGAGCCACCAAGAAGAUUACAGAGAUGAUGACCUGAUGAAGAGGAACAAGAAAAUCCAAGAUAAACACUUGCAGGAAAUAAUAUUCAUCGAUAAUAAACCAUUGCCUGGAGAGGAAGAAGAAGUUUUGGGAAAACAGUUUAAUCUGCACAUAGCUCCUGUUUCAACAAAAAUAUCCUGUAAAUAUGACUCAUGGGGAGUAAAUUUGCAAAAUAUUUCCCAACUUAUUAAUAAUAGAACCUAUCCAACAAAAAAAAAAACAAAAAAAAAAAAGAAAGAGAAAGAAAUCUGGAUGUUUUAUUAUAAAAUCCUUUCGGGGCACCUGGGUGGCUCAAUUGGUUAAACAUCGUGACCUGAGCAGAAAUCAAGACUUAGCCAAUUAAUCGAUUAAUUGGCUUAAGUGAGCCACCCAGGCACCCCGGCGUGUAAAGCUUCCAGUGCUGUAGAAUAUUAAUACUAUUAUGAUAUUGAUAAGCAUUGAUAAUAAUUAUAUCUUUCUAGUUUUUCAAUUCCUAUGAUACUACUCUAAUGACCUACACAGUAGAAUUUGAGAGUGAGAGGCACCUGGGCGGCUCAGUCGGUUAAGCAUCUGCCUUUGGCUUAGGUUGUGAUCAUGGGUUCCUGGGAUCGAGCCCCACACUGGGCUCCCUGCUCCGCGGGGAGCCUGCUCCUCCCUCUCCCUCUGCCUGCUGCUCCCCCUGCUUGUGCUCUUUCUCUCUGUCAAAUAAAUAAAUAAAAUCUUUAAAAAAAAAAAAGAAUUUGAGAGGGAAGUAGAAUACUGAUAUAAUAUAUCAUGAUAGCAGAGGUAAUGAUGACUACAUUCUGCAUUCAACUAUUUACAUUUUUAAUGCCACUUGAAAUUUUAAUAAUCCUCGGUUUAUCUGUUUUUUGAAACAAGAACACCAUGCCUCAAAUGACAGCAGUUGCCAGUCAUGACUGAGGUCAAAGAAGUAUUUCAUGGGUCUUACAAUUGAACUUAAAAAGAAAAAAGUUUGUCAUAUAGUAAAAGCUAUGUUUUAAUUUGGAACUACCAUUAAUCAAAAUACCUUACCUUGAAUACACUUUAUUUUUGUAUUUGUUUAAUGAUCUGUUUAUAAAGCUGUCUCCCUUACUAAAUUGGGCAGGGUCCACGCUUCUUCAUUUGUUGCCGUAUUUUUAGUGGGUAGCCCAAUUCCUGGCAGUUGGUAGGUAGCUAAAAAUAUUGGUUGAGCUGAAUUGAAUUGAACUAGAGAUAUUUAGCUUAGUUGGGAGAAGAGAGAGAGAAAUAAUCUCAGUUUUUAGAUAGUUGAAAUGUUUUCAUGUGAAAGAGGUUGAGUUUUUUUCUGUAUGCUUCAGGAGACUGCAAACCAGUGGGUGGACGUUUCAAGAAUCUUCUGAAAGUUGAGUUGUCUAAAGCUAAGGGGCCCUGUCUCAGGAGAUACUGAUUCUGUUCCCAGGAGAUUCACUCAUGGCCGGUCAACUAUGGAAGUAAUUCAAGUAUUUAAUUGUUCAUUGGUUUCUUUCUUUUUCACAUCUUGGGGAAUUUUUUAAAUUUUAUUUUUUAAAGAUAUUUAUUUAUUUGAGAGAGCGAAAGCACGAGCAGGGGAAGGGGCAGAGGGAGAAGCAGGCUCCCUCCUGAGCACAGAGCCCAAUGCAGGGAUCCAUUCCAGGACACUGAAAUCAUGGCCUGAGCCGAAGUCAGAUGCUUAACCAAAUGAGCCACCCAGGCACCCCCAUUUGUUUCUUUACUCAUUUCUGCAAACAUGUAUUGAGCACACACUGUCCUAGGUGUUGGAUACUAAGACUGAAUACAUCAUAAUUUCUGCCCUCGAAGAACUCAGACCCAGCAGGUGAAUGGAAUUUUAGCAAAGGAUUACAACCCAGGGUGCUAAGAGGUUGUUACAGCGGUGUAAUGGUAAUACCCAGGAGAGUUAACAGGAAAGGUUGCUGAGGAGGUGACUCUGAAGUAGAGUUGACCAGGCAGAUAGAGAGAGAGGAGUCCUAAGCAGAAGGAAAAAUACAUGCAAAAGCGCAGAAGUUAAACUUUUUAGAAUACAGUGGUAUUUCAUUUGGAUUAGGUAGCCUUAAAAUACCUCCAAUCCUAAGAUUCUGUGUUCUGGCUCUUUAACUUAGUGUCUUUUUUCACUUCCUGGCAGAUAUUACAUGUAUGUAUGUAUUUCAGUUGUCUUUUUUCAUAGGAAGCAAAAACAGUAACCUUCUUC